AUGAUUGAAUACAAAGGCAUGAGCCAAAUCUUACAUUUUAUUAUUGGUAUUUUUUUAUUAUCCAUUUCAAUUUUUCUUUAUCUUGGUCUUCGUCCAAUUUUUAUUCUUGCUAGUGUUGCUCUCGGUAUAUUUCUUAUUGAUUAUUCGAUUUUUCCAUUUAUUUAUCUUUAUCGAGCAUUUAUUCAAUGGUUUCCAUUAUUAUUCGAAUUAAAUAUUUUAAAUGGAAUAUUAAUAUUUAGUCGAAUAUUUCAUAUUUCAAAAUUUUGGUCAGUUAUUUUUAUUAGUAUUUGUAUUAUACGAAGUUUUACUUUAAUUUAUUUUCGUCAUUUACCAAUUAAUAAUUAUUAUCGUUUAUAUGUAGAAAAUAAAAUUGAAAAUUUAUCGAAAUUAUUUUUAAAUGAAUCAAAAAAAUUCUAUCAUCGUUUUAUUCAAUUAUCUCCUCAUAUUAAUAAUGAUGAUAAUGAUUUAAGUAAAUUUCAACUAGAACAAAUAAAUUCAACAGAAGAUAAUCAUGAUGAAACUAUUGAACGUUUUCAACAAAUUGCUCAUGAUUUAUCAUCACCUGCUGUAUCAAGUAUUGAUUGUUCAAAUGUUUCAACACCACCUAUUCGUCGUCAUCAUCAACGUAUUCUACAACAAAGUGAACUUGAACCAUUAUCUCGAACACCAAUAACACCAGCACAUACAAAUUCAUCAAAAGGAAAAAUUUUACAUUCAACUAUAAAUGGUUCAUAUACAGGACCGGUAACGAGAAAUCGUAUGAAAACUGAUGGUUCAACAUCAAUAAAAACAUCACCAAUAAAAAGCAAAGCAAACCACAAUGAAGUGACUUUUCUUGUUUGUAAACGAAAUGAAGAUAGUCAAAAACAAUAA